AUGAUACACAUAUUCUAACGCAUGUCAUUUGAUCGAAUCGUGUUUCUCCUGUGUUCGGCAAGACGUUUAUUUACAAAUUUUUGAAGAAAUUUAACUAAAAAAACAAAAGACGAUGUCCAUUCCUAUAACUGGUUCGCUCAGCAGAUCAGGCGGAUUACUUUCAGCGAUUAGUAAAAAUGCGAAAUUACUUAAUUUAAAAGGGGUUAAACGAAUUACCGUAACAUUCGAUCCAUUCGGUGAAAAUGUCAAACAAACGAGGGAAGUCAUAUUUCAAUUAAGCCUAGCUAAAGUCGUCAGAACGAAUCCAAGGUGUAUCGUUAGAACAAAUGUGGUUUGCGAUAGAAGUGAUCCAAAGUUUAUUGUCGACCUAAUUCCAGAAGUGCACGAAGCGGCCGGGUUUAACACAGUAAAAUUUAACGCAAGGCAUUUGUCGGCACUAGAAAUACUGGAACUGUUCAAUAAACACAUUACAACAUUGGCACCGAAGGAAGAAGAAGUUAAAAUUCUUUCAACCAAAUCAACCAAAAAGAAGAAGAAAUAAACGGCUUUUGUCAAAAAAUUAGAAACUGUUAAGUUUGAUUGUCGACAGGCAAUCGAAGUGUAGUUAAAGUUAAAACACAGAUAUUAUGACUAAGCAUUUGAAAAAGGGUGGUCACAUGGAUGUGAUUGAACGGAUAUAUAACGAUCUUCCUGCAUUCACGGACAUAUUUACCGAAGAAACGUUCUACAUCUUCGCCAUUUGCUUCGCAUUGACAACUAUAUUGGUGGCAUUCAUUUCAUCAAAGUUCAUUACAAUAAGACCUAUCGAUUGAAUUUUAUUUUUCUGAAUGCCCAUUUGCCUUUAUUCGUUCAUCACAUUCAAAUUGUUCUACUAUCAUUCAACACACUUUUCUAUGCCUGUACUUCCCUUGUGUUUUCAUACGUUCGGAAUUACAUAGAACGAUAUACAGAAGAAUAAAAUAAUAAAAGCAUUUUACAUACACAAAAAAACUA